UCUCUCUCUCCAUCCCUCUCUUUAUUUCAAUCGAUUCAGUGUGAGACGCUUUUUCUCCAUCUACGAAACAAAUCUCGCUUUGAGCCUUCGCUUCCUCAGUCUCUGCACUUAGAAGAAGAUUGAGAUAUGGCCGGUUCGUCGAAAUCAAUCCAACCGAAGCCAAGGAAGAGAGUGGAGGUCGAGACUGGAUCUGGGAGUGGCAAUUCCUUGGUUCGAGGCAAAGACGGUAGCGCCUUCGCCCGCUGUGAAGAGUGCAACAAGGAUGUGCCAGUGGCUCUUAUAAGCUUUCACAACUGUAGUCUGGAUGCUAAAAUCAAGAUGAACUUGGAGGCUCAAGUCAUAGAAAAUCCUGCUGAAGUUAAGAAGCCAACUGAGAGGAAGAAGCCCAGAUUAACAGAGCCAAAAGCCAAAAAGGCUAAGAAGGAAAAUGGGAAGAGUGGGAAGAAGCGCCCUCCCACUGCCUUCUUUGUCUUCUUGAGUGAUUUUAGGAAAACUUAUAAAGAAGCCAAUCCAGACUCUAAACUUGUUAAGGAGGUUGCAAAGCAAGGUGGAGAAAAAUGGAAGUCUAUGAGUGAUGAAGAGAAGAAGCCUUAUCUGGACAAAGCUGCUGAGCUCAAGGCAGAGUAUGAGAAGGCCCUGGAGAGUAACAGUGGUGACGAAAAUGAAAAUGAAAAUGGCAGUAAAAAUGAUGAGGAAGGUUCAGAUAAGGAAGUAGCAGAGGUACAAGAAGUGUCUGAUGAGGAGUAGAAUACUUGUGUUUUUUUAGCUGAGGCAACUCUUCGAUACUUGCCCAUGGAGUAAUGUAAAUUUUGGAUCUCCUUUGAUCAAUGUUAGGUAUCUAGAUGUCCAUGCUAAAUUGAUUUCUCUGGUGACUAGUUAAUGUGCUAAUCUUCCAUUCAUUUGGCUUGGUUGUACCUUUUAUGAAUGUUUUUGAAGGGU